AUGACGCGUUCAUUACUGGAUCCGAGAUUAGCCGCAUUUGAUCCUGAGAUUGAAAAGACUAUUUCACGUAUUAGGCGAGCUCGGCGUCGGUUAGCCUCUGAGGGUGGUGAAAGGGUUUCUACCAAUUCUCCAAUCUUAUCUGAGGUUGAGUCUGAAGCGUCAUUUGAGGAAGAAACUAGUUCCUUUUCUACUAAUUCUAUUAAUGCCUCUUCUAUUAAUUUAAGUGCAGAUACUAUGGCAGCUCCUAAAAGAAUUACUCUCAAGGAAAAAGCUUGCUCAACUACUUGGCGGCAUAGUGCUGAUAAGACUGCCGUCUGGCUAUAUGCCUUCCCAUUUUCUCUAGAGGGAAAGGCUAAGGAGUGGUUCUACACUCAACCAAAAGUUGUUAUUACUAAUUGGAAUUUGCUCAGAAGGGAAUUUCUGGACAAGUUCUUUCCAUCAAAGGUUACAGAUAGAUUGGGGAAGGAAAUUUCUUGUAUCAUCCAAGGCGAAUCAGUGGCUCUCUAUGAGUAUUGGGAACGCUUCAGGAAUCUCCUAAACUCAUGCCACCACCACAUGAUUAACCAGUUGGUAUUGAUUAGCUAUUUCUGCCAAGGCAUGAAGCCUCAAGACAAGACCCUCUUAGAUGCUGCGAGUAAUGGCUCUCUGACGAAGUACAAGACGACGACAGAAGCGUGGCAACUGAUCACUGAUCUAGCUGAGUCUACCCAAAAUGCAAGGCAAGGGAACAAUCAUCCCAAGGCGAUUGCAGAAGUUUCCUCUAGUGGUGAGACCGCUGUUCUAACCAAGACUUUGGGAGAGAUGACCAAUAUACUCAAGCAGCUCCAGCUCAAUCAACAACAACCUCCGCCUCCUCCACAGCAACAAUGUCAACAGUUGGUCCCUCAAAGAGUGUGUAGAAUAUGUGCUUGCUACUCUCACUACACUGAUGAGUGUCCACAACUCCAAAAAGACAACACCUUGGCGGCUACCAAUGCUUAUUACAACCGUCCGAAUCAAGGGUACUAUCAACAAGGUGGUAAUUAUAACCAAGGUGGUAAUUACAAUCAAGGUUGGCAAGACAAUUCCAAUCAAGAAAGGAGAGACAACUAUAACCAAGGAGGCAGAGACAACGGUAGAAAUCAAAGGUGGAAUAACAACUAUCAACAGAAUCGGUAUCAACAAAACCCUCCAUACCAACAACAAAACCAAGGCCAAAGAUACCAACCACCUCAUCAAAGGCAAGCCCAAGUAGAAGAUGUUGAAGAAAAUGAUGAGGUACAAUAUGCGGUUGAAGAAGAAGUUGCUCAACCAAGGGAUGGAGUAUCUAAGGAAGAUGAUGCUGUGAGAGAAGCCAUUCCUAUUCCUUUUUCACACCUUGCUAGGAGGACUAAGAAGCAAGUGGAGCUAGAUCCCAAGAUGGUGGAGAUCUUCAAAAGGAUUGAGGUAACUAUCCCCCUUUUUUAUGCUAUUCGCCAAGUGCCUAAGUAUGCUAAGUUUCUAAAGGAUUUGUGCAUGAAUAAGGAAAAUAUACAUGAUUUAGAAACUAUUCCUUUGGGUAGCUCAAUUUCUGCUCUUAUGGGUGCUAUACCGGAGAAAUGUGGUGAUCCCGGUCCUUGUAUAGUUACUUGUACUAUAGGGGGUGUUCAAUUUGUUGACUACAUGUGUGAUUUAGGUGCAUGUGUUAGUAUUAUGACAUUGUUUAUAUAUGAUGCUUUGAGGCUUCCACCCUUGAAAAGGUUGGCAACACGUUUUGUUUUGGCAGAUAAGAGCAUAAUUUCAAUGGUUGGCAUUGCGAAAGACAACUUGGUGAGCAUUAAGGGGUUGACGUUUCCUAUUGACUUCUAUAUUCUAGAGAUGUCCCCUAGUGACUCAGGAAGACCUUCAUCAAUCUUGCUUGGAAGACCAUUUUUAAAGACUUCACAGUUUAAAUUGGAUGCCUUCUCGGGUACCUAUUCUUUUGAGAUAGAUGGAAGAGUAGUGAGCUUCAACCUUGAUGAAGCUAUGAAGCACCCACCGGAAGACUAA